GUUUUAAAAGCUCAGCGCAACGACGCCCAGUGUCAGAAAUGUGCUCACACUUCACUGCACGUGUCUGUUAGUUUAUUCAUUUCGCUAGUAACGGACAUUUUGCCGAGCGCAUCGCAAGGUAAAGCUUAGCUGACAAAAGUGUCGAUAAGCGAUGUGCAACAUGAACCGGUGCGUUGUGGUUUUCCUUACAAUCACUGCGUUUCUCGUCUUCGCUGGGGCGGCUGUUUUCUUCUACUUUGGCCAGUACGCAGAGGAAAGCAUUCUAGAUUUCUACGUUUACAAUCGCACGUUACAGAUCUUUCAAAGGUAUCCCGUGGAAAUAACCCCCGCAGAAUGGACUUUUUGGACAUGGAGUGCUGUCCUUGGAUGGCAGCUCCUUUGGCUGUUCUAUGCGCUUAUUUUGAUGUGUCGGCAGUAUGGCCCUAAGGUCUUGACUCCAUUCUUCUUCGUGUUUACCCUGCUAGCGUUCGGCUUUACUCUUGGAUGGGUCAUGAUGUGGGGUGAAGAUCUCAUUCAUAUUGCUCUGGGAUUCAUUGGUGGCACAGCCGCGUCAUUGUUCGUGGCUUUAGCAAUCGUCUACAAUCGAUUUAACAACCUCCGUGACGGGAUGAAAAAAUUUCCAACAGGCGACCAGAUCGCGAUGGAAGUGCUUGUCAUUAACGGAAUAGGCCUGUACGCGUCUUGGGCGCUGUACAACUCCUUCCAACAAACCGCAAUUGUGUUGAAGUACACAGCUGAAGUGGAUGAUGAGAUUGCCUGCACUAUGGUCCUCGCUGGACUCGGCUCGACGAUUCUCUUUUGGUUUUGUUUGGAUAAUUUUGUGUUCUGGAAGUUCACAUUAUACACCGUUACGCCCUACACACCAAUGAUUGUCGGCUUCACGGGAACUUUCAUGGAGUUCUGGGACAAAGACAAGCGGAAUUCGAUCUUCAAUGCCGCCCUACUAGGAACUACGUCGUUGUUUUUACUGCUAAAAAUCGUGCAUAUCAUAUGGAGGAGCCGAAGAGAUAGCAAGAAAAGUCGACGACAUGUUCUCACCGACGAAGAGGAGUUUAAGCUGUAAGAGUUUUUCCCACGGACGUGCAGGUGGGGCGAAAUUUCUCGAUACAGCCGUGCAAGAGAAAUCGCCUAUUGUGCCAGAAUACAGUGAGCGAGAAAGAAAAACUGACUUAGUAUACAAAACAGACUGCGUGAAGACUCAUUUACUGAGUGAAUUGGACUUUUCUUCAUUUCGUUUACCACAAGACGAAAGAAUAAAGCAAUCUUUUUAGUCGUUUAAUUGUUAAUUCGACGAUUACGUCCCAUGGGCCAUCAAAUGCUCAAAAUUUCGACAUCUUUUUUUUUUUAUUUUAAGCAUGGUGCGCUGAAGAAACUGUCAAGAUGUUGAAGACGAAUGUUGAAACGAAUCGAAAGUACCGCUAAAUAUUUUGACCCGUCGAUUUCUCCGGGUUGUCUGCUAUUCGUUUGUUAGGAUUGUAUUGAAAUGGCGAUCUAAUAAACGCUUUUCGUUUACGUAGCGAGUAUUUUGCGUCCAAGUUACGCUAGAAUGCGCUUAUGUAAAUGUCCUAAAGUAUAUUAUAAAAUGUAAAUACGUGAUAGAGAAGGAUCUAAACAUUUCUGGUAAAUCCACUCCCAUAGUCACAGGAUUUAAAUAAUUGCAUAUGAAUGGAAUGAUAUGAUUGUAAAUGAGAAUAACAAAUCGAGCCGCCCUCGGCUUUUACGCUUAUCGAGUUAAAACUGACCUUACUAAUGCAGUGAAUUCUUCUCAAAUGAAUGCUUCAAGAAUUGUGUCAUUAAAAGUAACCGCUAGAAGACGAAUCUAUUUA